UCCAUACUGUUCAUUUGCUUUUAAAAGACACAGACUGAAAGGAUUGGGUUCGAAACAAACCAGCCCAGAAUUUUCAUGUCUUGCCUACUGCCGAUUUGAAGAUUGUCCAAUCACUGUUACAGUGACUGUGGAUAGUGACAAGGACCUUAAAGCAACAGUUGAAUUUCAGGGUGAACCGUGCAUACAUAAUCGCACUGAACUUAAAAGAAGACCUGUAAGAGCAAAUGACAGAAAAAAAUUAGGGAAGGAAUUACAAAAACAGCUCCCACGAGCAAUGUUUCUAGAGAACAUAGCCAAAAUACCUGAGGAUGUAAUGGAGUCCGGCUGUAGAGAUGUUGCUCCGAGUCGCAAUGUCUUGAAAAACAUUUCAUGGGAAGCCCGUAAGUCAAGCCGCCAACACAGCAAUGAAAUAAUCAGCCUUCAAAUAAUGCUACAAAAGAGAACAAACAGUCCAGAUGAGGUACUCCAGAAAGUGAUGCUACACCCAAAAGGGGUCCUGCUGUGGUCAAAAAGGAGUAUACACAUAUAUCAGGAACGAUGCCAGGAGGACAUAAUUUAUCUAGAUGCGACUGGAAGCAUAAUUAGGAGAGAGACAGGAUCACCUCCAUUCUAUGUAUAUGAGUUGGUGGUCAGAAAUCCACACAAAACCUCAUCUCCAUUUCCUGUUGCCACGUACCUUACUUGCGACCACACCACAGCCUCAGUUUUGUAUUUUCUUGAGGCAUUUCUAACAGACGUGGCAAGGUGGUUUGGAAGGAAGGGUAUGCGGUCACCUGUCAUGGUCAUUUGUGAUGGGUCAAUUGUGUUAAUGCAGGCUAUAUGCAUGGCAUUUGCAAAAAAAAAACCUGACUGACACAAUAAAUCACUAUUACAACAUUGCAAGUGGAAAAGGGAAACCGGAAGAUUUUGAUGUGCCAGUUCUGCAUAGAUGCCUCAGCCAUGUGAUGAAGAAUGCAAAGGAAAUGUGCAGAAAGUAUGCAACAAACCACUACCACCUGGCAAUGCAUGUCUUUGGUGCCCUCACAACUGCAAGCACUUUAAAAGAACUGGAUGACAUGGUUCAAAGUGCUACAGUUGUCUUCUCCAGUCCAUGCUGUGGUGCAAGUGUUGAGAAGCACUUCAAGAACCUGCAAUCGUGGCUGCAGAAAAAAGGGACUCCAUUGGAUGAGACUACCAAGUCUAGGGGUGAUGCAGAGGACUUGAAGGAUAUUACAGGAAGCAACAGAUUUGCAAAAUGUUGCAAUGCAAUUAUUUCUAAUGCCCCACUGGACAAGCAUGGAGAGGUCAAUGUGUACCAAUGCAAAGGGCUUAUUGAUCACCUCAAGAAAUACGUUCUGCCAUUUGCUGGAUUAUGGACCGGGAUAAUGCUAGGUGACCUUGGACGACAUGGGACAGGACCACAGUAUAAGCAGUGCUCCAGGAGAUACAAUGCCCUGAGAAAGCUUACAAGACAAAACAUUACACAGGACAACAAAACUCAAGGAGUAAUGGAAAAGAGUCAGUGGGACUUGAAACAUAUUCGUUUUACUUCUGGCCGGCUCACCAGGCUUGAUGACUUUGUAGCCCAGUAUCGGAUUAGCCACACUGCACUCCUGAAGGAGUAUGAGGACUCGAAAGAGUUUUCCGAAGGAAGGUUAGAAUAUUUUGGAAAGGACUAUAACAGGAGAAUUACAUGUAGUGUGUCAUUCCAUUCUAUGCUUUGAUAUGUAAACCAUAUCUACAAAUCCCUUACUUUAUGUAGACUUACAGAGUAGAAAAAUAAAUAUGGAAAGAAAAGCAACAGAAAAAACGGGGUAGAUAUGUCUCAGCAAUUCCCAAGCCUUUCCCUUUCAAGACAUCAAAAAAGAAGGUAUAGUGUCAAUGUAAUGCUUUCAUGCAUUCUACAGAAAUAAAUGAAAUUCAUAAUCU